GGCAAAGUAGAUUAUAUUGAUAAUGGCAAUCGUUAGGUUAUGUAAUAGCAACUAAUAGCGAACUAUCACAUUUAAUUUAUAUCGUCAUUUACGCGUAGAACGUUCGACUCGACGAAACGGUUUUACUUUUACCCUAUAAGUAUGGUUCGCGCAUGGUACAUGGACGACAGUGAUAUUGAUCAAAGAUUGGAACACCGAAAGGAAUCAUCGGAACUUUUGUCAAUGGCGGAUUUGUAUGCAAUUAGUGGUGUCGAAUAUUUUAAGAUAAAUCACGAGCAUUACUUAAGUGAUCCAACACUAACAGAAUUGAAAAAAAAGCGUGGAUAUACUUAUGAAGAUGAAAUAACAUGCUCCAAAGAAUGUUUAGCUAAUUACGAAGAAAAGUUAAAGAAUUUUUUUACUGAACAUCUUCAUAACGAAGAAGAAAUACGUUUGGUUCUGGAUGGAUCUGGUUAUUUUGAUGUGAGAGAUAAAGAUGAUCAAUGGAUUCGUAUUGAAGUCAAGCCAGGAGAUAUGAUUAUUAUUCCCAGUGGUAUAUAUCAUAGAUUUACUUUAGAUACUAAAGAUUAUAUACAAGCUAAAAGAUAUUUUAUAGGAAAACCUGUAUGGACACCUUAUAAUAGACCAGCUGAUAAUAUGAGUUGUCGUCGAGAGUAUCUUGAACAAUUAAAAAACGGUUUCAAACCCAAAUAAAAAAUUCAUAACAUUAUAAUAUGCAAGUUAAUCAUGCAUUCCAAAAAAACAGAUUUGUUAAUAAUUUUUAAUUUCUUCAUAUUUUAAUUAAGUUUGUAAUAUUUUAAUUUGUGAAAAAUAUUCAUAUAUAAAUACAAUUUUGUAUCAAUGGGUCUUCCAAUAAUAUACAUAUAAUAAAUUUUUAUAAUAUAUAUAUA